GUCGCAAUACGCAAUAGGGGAGCGAACUGUCUGCAGAUUUCGCAAGUUUUCGUAAUACAAAAUUCGGCAUUACAUCAGAUUUGUUCAAUCAUCAGAAUAUUUCACUGUUGGACUGGAUCUGCCAUAAAAUAGUCUGAUGCGGAAGAUCUCAUGUGGUUUGGAAAAUUUAUCUGCAAUACAGUAUUUGUUUUUAAAGCUGAAGAAAGAGGAAAACAAUUUCCAGAUAAAAAAUUUUCACCUAGUAACCGCCCAGCUGAUUGUUGACAGCUGAUCGGUUCGAGCGAACACGUUGUGUGUGUACGUUUUCCAAUACACGAGGCGAAUUAGGCGCGGCGCGGAUUUGAGUCAAGCAAAUCCAUUUGUAUUCUGCGCAAUAGAUGUUCCGCCACUUAGAAGAUGACGACGUUAUCUCACUUUCAGGACGAUAUGAAUUCUGGCAUGGAUAUGAGCAUGGAUGCCACAACAGCAGCAGAAUGUCUUCUUGCAAUAGCAGCGUCAAAACCGAGCAGUAAACCCCCCGAAUUUAUGGAAACAUGCGACGAGGAAGGGGUAUUUUCGCCAGACGGAGCGAGCACGGGCAAUCACCACAUGUCGGACCCGUCCGGCCUCCAUCCACACAGUCACAGUUCUUUGUUCAUGGUGGCAAGAAUUUUAGCCGAUCUUGAAAAAUACAGACCAAGACAGGAAAUUCCAUCACCAAUUAGUGACUGUCCAAGCCCCCCACCUAUUAUAAAUGGACCUUAUGAUGGACUCAGCAACGCCCUUGCAUCGAAUUUUGACUCUUUUGCACCAACUCCACAACGUGGUGACUACACGAAUCAGACGCAGGCAGGAAAACAAAGAAACAGGCGAUCAAAGCCGUCACAAAAUCUCAAUUCCGUCAAGAAACACCACUGUCACUACCACGGAUGUGAAAAAAUAUAUGGGAAAUCAUCACAUCUUAAAGCUCAUCUCAGAACACAUACAGGUGAGAGACCAUUCCCCUGUAAUUGGCAAGACUGUAACAAACGUUUUGCAAGAUCUGACGAGCUGGCCCGUCACUACCGAACACACACUGGAGAGAAGAGAUUUGCAUGUCCACUAUGCGAGAAGAGGUUUAUGAGGAGUGACCACUUGAUGAAGCAUGCCAGAAGACAUGCAGAGUUUCAUCCGAGCAUGAUCAAGAGACCAGGAAGCGCAGCAAGUUCGUUAGCCAGCGAGGGAAGCCAUUCCCCCUGCUCCAGUCCUGCACAUUCCCCUUGAAGAAGUCCAGCUCAAAGACACUAUCGUUAGAAGCUCUUGCAGACAUCCUGGAGACAACCAUGGGGUGGUGUCCGGACUGACAGCUUUCAGAUGCUGGGAACAGUAUCUAAGGAGUCUUUGGACAAGACUUACAUCAGGGUAGACAGUCGUUUGUUGUGUGACCAAAGUCUUAUCACCCUGCUGAGCCAGACUAAAGGGACUUGAUAAACCACAAUAUGCCAGCAUGACAUGUAUACUUCUUUGAUAUGCAGUUGCUACAAUUUUUUGAUCACUUUGAUGAGUAUGAAACACGUGAUGUGUGGUCUAUCUACUAUUUAUCUAUGAUAUUAUGAUGCACUAUAAUAUAUAUAUUUAUACAUUUGACAUUUACUCAUCCUUUGUAGUUUGUAUUCUUAUUUAUGCUAGCCAGUAGCCAAGUCGAUAACCUACACAUAAUAUAGAUUUCAAAUCCAAAACUUUGUUCAAAUAUUUGAAUUGGUCAAGGAUUUGAUAUUUGUACAUUGUAGUUGAGUACAUGUACAUGGUGCAAAUAGUCUUAUUUGCAAGUAAUAUUGAUAUCAUUUUGGGACAUUCAUCCCGGAGCAAGAAUUGCGAUUUUACAAUCUUUUAUCGUGGUGCUAUCCUAUUAUACAAAGGAAACCAAAGGAAUGGGUUUCAUGAUGUGGUGAAGAAUUAUUUGCAAUGGAGUAUUCAAAGUUGACAGAAUUAGCAAGGCAAUAAUUUCCGGGGGGUGAAAAGAGGCAGAGGUUUGAAAUUAUUCAAUAAAGCUUGGUUGGCAGGACAUUAAUUCCUUCAUUAUGGCUUUUUUUCAUUUGUUUUACACUUUGACGUGCAAAAAAAAUAUGUCUGUAAAAUUAUUCACUUUAAGUCAAUAUAAGUCAUCCAGGCCUGGUCAUCAAAUAUAUCUUUACCUAUCAAUGGUCCGUUUUUAGAGUUAUUAUAUGUUAUGGUCUGUAAUUCCUUAUUAUAUGAUGUAUGGCUCUACAAAGAUGUAUUCACAAAGUAUUUUCUAAUAGUUGAAGGCUUUGAGGCACAUCAAUGUAUAAUUUUCAUAACUUAUUCCAAACCAAAAAAACUAAUGAAACGCUUGCACAUGCUCCGAUUGUAUUGUUGCUACUUAAAUACAUCGCUUUUGAUUUCUAGGCCAGCACUUUUUUAUGCGAAUCCAUCGAGGAAUAUUUUAUGCAAUUUUCCGAAAUUUUUGAAGAAAUUUUGUCGUUGUAAAUACUCUUAGAGCUUGGAUAGAAAUCUAUAUUAUCAUUUAAAACAAAUCAUACAAUAGUACUGAAUAGUCUUGAAAUAUGUUUACUUGCAUAUUAUAACUUCAUUUUUGAUUGUUAGUAAGUAUUCUGUAGAGAUGUAUAUUGCUUAUAGUGCCUAAGGGGACAGUGACUAGACAGAACAAAGUCAUAAAUGCUUUUUUUAUAUAUACAAUUAUACGAAUAGAAAUGACAGUUGCUUAUUUUGCAGCGUUGCUUGAGGUAUACCCGACAUGUUUUGCACUUCUGACAAACACUGCUCGUUUUCCAUUUUUCCAGUAUUUUCUCUCUUUCUCCAUGAAACAUCUUUCCAAUAUAGCUUGCUUCUUCCUUAAUGAUAUACAUAAAAUCUUUCGUGAUAUAUAUCUAUGCUCACCGUUUUUUUGUUGUAUUUUGACUUGUUAAACAAUGCAUUGAAGGGGUAGUGUGGUGGGUGUAUUUAUCUAUUUAAUGUUUUUUUUUUGCCAGGACGUUGUUAAUACAUGUAGUCAUAUUUAUUGUUAUGCAUCAAUCAGUAUUUAGCCAUUUGAUGGGAGAUUUAGAUAAUGAUCGCUGGAAAAUAAGAUGCCAAAAAGAGAAAGGGAUGUGUUCCUUUUCCUUUUUCAUUCGCUCACAGAAUUAUUUCAUUUUCCUAGAUUCAAACGGUUUAUUAUCAAGAUGUUUAAAAUAAAAUUGAGGCUGAAAUCAUAACUGAGAAGACGUUUAUUUCUGACUGGAAGAUUCAUAAAUGAAAUCAUUGAUGUUAUUUUUGUAAUUAAUUGAAAAUGCAUCCUGAUUUACUUUUAUUUCUAUUACAUGGAUUUUAUUUAUGUGGCAAAUUGUCACAAAGAACGGCUAUGAACUUAAAUAAUCUUAUUUUCCAACGAUAUAUUUUUUGUGCAAGUGAGAUAAUCAUUAAUCUUUGUUUAUACAUGUGAUAUAUAUAUUUAUUUUUCAAGUCGUAUCUUGCAGUGACGUACAUUUAAUCGUUCGUUUUCUAUUUUGUUUUGUUUUGCCUGCUUGAAAAUUUUCUAGACAAAAUCGCUGAGCGAGUUUUGGGCUAGAAAAGGGCAUACUAACUUAUGAUGCCGUGUUUAUUUGUUAAAGAGUAGUGGAAGUGUAGAAUGUUUCGUAUUCUUGUUUUCUUUGAGAAUGAGAUAUUGAUUGGUGCCAAAUAUUUGAAACGGGAUGCAAAAUUAUUUUGCAAGUAGAUGGAGCUGCAAGAAAAACUGCAUAUCGCUAUGAAAAGCUAUUGCACAAGAGGCGAAGGGAAUUAUUGAUAUCAUAGUGAUAUUGAACAGUGUUUAUGUAUUUCAAUUUCGCAGAAUGCUACGUACAUGUUUGUCUGUUUUUACGAAUGGCUCACGCUUGACGAGAAUUUCAGUGAACAUGGUGAAGAAAAUACGGGACGUGACAUCGGACUGGGGCAGUAACCAACGACAGAGGGCAGUAUGUGACCAAAUACGUUAUUGCCGUAAAUACGUUUCUCCCUCUCACGUCCCUGUUCUAACUAUACCGUGUUCGAUUGUUAUCAAAUUACAGAGCUUUUAAAAAGUGAUAGAAAAGGUGUUAAGUGGCCAGAACUGUAUCAAAACUAUCAACCAUACCUUAUUGCUUUAAUGUACAAUAUUGAAGUCUAUUUGUUUGGAUGACAUUUUUUUGUUUAUUUUUGUAGUGUCAUUCAAUGAUAUACGUUUAAGGCUUAUAAUAACAGUACUCGGUUUUCAAAUAGAUGUAUUAAUUUCAGAUCUACGCGUUUAUAUCUCAUCAAUGUUAGAGUGUCAUAUAUGAAUUAAACACAUGAAUUUUUAAUAUUUGGUCUAUAAACAGACCCUUGGUGUCUUUAAUAGUAAACCUUCAUGUAACGAGUUGUGUUACAGCAAAAUAUGACAUCUUGCUUGUUAUAAAGAAGGGCAGUAUGCAAGAGUCGGUCUUUUGGUACACGAAAUUAAUUUGUUACAAAUCGUAUACCUUUAUUUUGCUGUGCCAAAGUCUGAAAGGGUCAACGACAUACAAACACAAUAAUUAAGUUGGAUUUAGAGAUAAACUGUGAUCAUUUAUUGCGUGGUGGAAAUAAUGAGAAAGGUGUAUGACAUGUGAGACGAACUGUUAUGCAACACCAUUACAAUAAAUCCACACAAACCUUGUGAAACAAAUACCUCAAAAGAUGCUAUAAAUAAAUUCAAAUAGAGAGUUCUAUGGACAUGGACCUCGUAUAUUUGUAGUGGCUGGGAUCAAUAACUUUAUGCGUUAUUUGAAAUCUUUAACUAGAAUUGAUUUUUUUUUGUAAUAAAAUGAUAAGCAUGUAUAUGGAUGGCGCAGGAAGCAGAUUUUAUGUAUGCGGAAAGAGUGUUGUUAUGCUGCACCGGUAUUAUGAGGAAGUUUAUAGAAGAUGAAUAAACUUUGAAAAGUCGGUUUUACAU